AAUUGUGUAAACAUUCGCAUUUGUCAAUGACUCAUAUACACUUAAGAAACGGCCAAUGAAUGAAUAUUUUCUCAAGCCAUGAUAUCAGCAGCACUCGAUCUUUCUCAGUGGUACAGCAGUCGAGGGUCUCUCGAUAGCCAAAACGCCCAUAACGAUCAGCAUCACGUUUAGUAGUCUUUAAGGUAGGUCACCGGCACGUUGCCUUUCGACCAAUACAAAACUCGCAGUUAGCAACGGAUUGAACAAAAAUCCGCGGUUACAGCGACGGGUGAGCGCGCAGAAUAAUGAACGAAUGAAGCAAGAACAAUGGCCAACCUGACAGUCCCAAAACACAGCGGCUAACACACACUGUGUCAGCCAGUGAGGGAGGAGAAGGGAAAGGGCUGAGGUAGAAGACAGCUGUCUAAUUAAGAUACGGAUAAAAAACAAAUAACUAGCAUCUAUAUAGUCACUUAAACGGCGAAUAGAGUCAACGAUAGCUAUAGCAGCGCGAUGUCUAGGAGAGGGUUGCGUGGAUGUAAGAUGAGUAAAUAAAUAAAUAAGAGCGCGUGAGCGUCAUCCGCAGUGUGUAGCAUCUACAUCUACUUGCACCACCUGAAGACAACGACCGACACUGACUGCUGGGAAAUAAAUUAACGAGAAAACACGAACAAUCCGUGCAGAGGAAGGGCGACGGGGUAAAUCAGAGAGACUGUCACCGUCCAUGUGAUACAGAAGUAGCCUAAUUGAACAGCGGUUUCUUGUGUUUGAUGGAAGGAGGUAGAAGGGGGUCUCAGUACUGCAGCGGCCGCCGUGAUGCUCUACACAUGUAGGCACGCUUGAAGCAGUUCAUCCCCGCCCUGUGUGGAUCUGACCGGACCGAACCGAACCGACUGCACGGUAACGGAUUUAAUAGGGGGUCGCUGGAAGGCUCUGAAAAGGACUAAAUAGAACUGGUGACUGGUAAUAAGACGAUAACCUUUAAUUAAUAAGUGAUGCAUUUCUACCUGUGCGAAGGAGAUCGCCUAAAUGACAGGAUUUGAAUCGCCCGUUUGUUUUUCAACAUGGAUUGAUUGGCCCGUGAUCACUGGAUAGAAUGCUUAUUACAUCCGAGUUUUAAUACAGUACCGAUUUAUGCCUAUAGCCUAUAAAUAUUUAAAUAAAGACCACAUUUAGGCCGAUGACUUUCUGAUGACGACAGUACGGCAGAGAUGUCUUUAUUGUAGAAAUGUAUAUUCGCCUGAAUAUCCCUUCAUGAAGAUAUAGACAAUCACAUCCACCCUUGUGCUUAUUUCCGAGUCUCGUUUUUUUGGGGGGUUAAUGUAACAGGAGCAAGAGACGCGUCAAAUUGAACACCGAUAGCUUUUAGUCCACCAUCACUGUCUACAUUUUUGACCAGAUUAGAUAACUUCUGUCUUUAGUCGAGCCCUGCUUGUUGAUAAAAAAAGAGAUAUAUUUUGACUAAAUAACAAGCCUUUAGGAGCCUUUUCUUCCCUUUGGCUUCCUUCCUCGAACAAUCUUCUGCUGAGCACCACCUUCGCAGCGAUGGAGACCCCUACGAAGCUACCUCCGUCGAGCCCAUCAUCGCCGACCACGGGCUUCUCUGUACCGAGCGCGGAGAAGGUAGACGGCUUCCCCCGCCGCUCGAUGCGCCGUGCCCGGCAGCGACGGUCCCACAGCUCCUCACAGUUCCGCUAUCAGAGCUCCCAGGUGGAGCUCACGCCGCUGCCCUUACUUAAAGAUGCUCCAGUGGCAGAACUUCAUGACCUGUUCUGUAAGAAGCUGCAGCAGUGUUGUGUGCUUUUUGACUUUCUGGACUGUGUUGCUGACCUGAAGGGGAAAGAGAUCAAACGUGCUGCGCUGAACGAGCUUGUGGAGAGCGUGGCCACCAGUCGUGGAGUCCUCAUCGAACCCCUGUACCCAGAGGCUAUUAAGAUGAUCUCCGUGAACAUUUUUCGAACCCUCCCACCCAGUGAGAACCCCGAGUUUGACCCUGAGGAGGAUGAACCAGCUCUGGAAGCCUCCUGGCCUCACUUACAGUUGGUGUAUGAAUUCUUUUUACGCUUUCUUGAGAGUCCUGAUUUCCAGCCUUCUCUUGCCAAGCGCUACGUGGACCAGAAGUUCGUUCUACAGCUGCUGGAGUUAUUUGACAGCGAGGACCCCAGAGAGAGAGAAUAUCUGAAGACUAUCUUGCACCGCGUCUAUGGCAAACUUCUGGGCUUGAGGGCCUACAUCCGCAAACAGAUCAACAACAUCUUCCUCAGGUUCAUCUAUGAAACUGAGCGUUUCAAUGGAGUUGCUGAGCUUUUGGAAAUUUUGGGAAGUAUCAUAAACGGCUUUGCUCUGCCUCUCAAAUCAGAGCACAAGCAGUUCCUGGUGAGGGUCCUGAUCCCCCUGCACACUGCCAAGUCUCUUUCCAUUUUCCAUGCGCAGCUGGCUUACUGUGUGGUGCAAUUCAUGGAGAAGGAUGCCACAGUUACAGAACAUAUCAUCAGGGGGCUGCUGAGAUACUGGCCCAAAACAUGCACUCAGAAAGAGGUGAUGUUUCUGGGGGAGAUCGAGGAGAUUCUGGACGUGAUUGAACCAUCUCAGUUUAUCCGUGUGCAGGAGCCUCUAUUCAAACAGAUUGCUGCCUGCAUCUCCAGCCCUCAUUUCCAGGUUGCAGAGCGGGCUCUGUAUUUCUGGAAUAAUGAGUACAUUCUGAGUCUAAUAGAGGAGAACUGCCAGGUCAUCCUGCCUCUGGUCUUUGGCACGCUGUACAGAGUUUCCAAAGAGCACUGGAACCAGACGAUCAUCUCUCUUAUUUACAAUGUGCUGAAGACGUUCAUGGAGAUGAACAGCAAGCUCUUUGAUGAUCUCACUGCCUCCUACAAAGUGGAGAAACAGAAGGAGCUGAAGAAAGAGAAGGAGCGAGCGGAGCUGUGGAGGAACUUGGAGGAUCUGCAGGACCGGCGGCUUCAGAGUCUGACCGAGGCCAGCAGAAACCAGAAGAACCUGCAGGAGAGAGAGAACACAACCAAGAGCCAGUCAGAGACCAGUGCUGCCAACACCACCUAAAAACCACACACAAACACACACACACACACACACACAAUGUCACAGCACUGUAAAACACAAUAAUUACCUGACUUGGGAACCGAUCAAUGCCUCAAUCUCCGUCUGAAAACACACACAUGCACACACCAUGCAGACACUACCGUCACAAGCACAUGAACGUCAGCCUGUCCAUAUGUAGAUAUCUGAAAAACACUGAAGCACACAUCACACACAACGAGUGAGAUAUAAAAGAUAAAAAAAUGAGUACCUCUCACAUGCGUCCUACUCUUUCAUACAUGCUUUUCACACACCUGCCUCUCUGCUCUUUUCUUUCUAUUCCUCAUGCUCCGGGAUCAUCAACCUCAACAUGAGUAACAUACCUGCAUGGGGUGAAACACAUGCACACACUCGCUAUCAAACACGUACAUCCUUCAUUAUUGUCAUUCCAGAACUGGCUUCGUUUCUCUCGGGCCCGAACCGAGCCCCCCGUCCAUCAACCAACAGACUCUGCAUACUGUCAAACGCUGAAGAGGAAUGAAUUAUGAUGAGCUAAAGAUGAAAAUUCUUUAAAAGUACAGAUUCUAAUGUUCCUACUUCUACAGCUUAUUCUAUGAGUACCACUUCUAUGCUAAUAU